CCAGCUGGGUUCUGUAAGGGGGCAGUGCACGGAGAUAUUGGCCAGCCAGACGUGGAUGUGUCUUGUGAAAUAUUCCACCCAAAGGUAUUGUCAAUACGCCUACCAUAUUGUGACAUAAAUGUGACAGAGUACCAGGUAUAGGUACAAGAGCUGUAAACAACAGCAGACAACUCAAUAAGACAAGAACCAAAUGGUGUCCAAGCCUAGAUUGCAAUACAUCUUAGUUCAAUUUGAGUUUGACUUGACCCACAAAUCCUAUAUUAUAUGUUCCUAUGUGCUUUUGUAUGCUUUCUACAAUUCCCCCUGAUGGGAGUAAUGUUGUUUUGUGUUUCACCAAGUUUCAUUGUACUGUGUUGUAUUGUUUUAUUGUGUUGUAUUGUAUUUUACCUUCUUCUCUAGGGCAUUGAUGUUGUCUAGGACAUGCCCCCCCUCGACCCAUAAAGAGCCCUGAAGUCCACAUCUCUGUUCCAGAAGUUCCCAUCAUCAUCAUCCCCUACUGCCCCACAGCACCCCUCCUGUUCUGGAGGAAACCCAACCACAACCGUUUGACCCCAGUGUCCUGGUCGACCCUAUCCCCACCCAACCCCAUCUCCGUUACAUUUUCAUCCUCCAGCAUGUCUCAGGAGACUCCAGUCUUUAAAGUCUCUCCAGACUCUCCAGGAGUUCCAGACUCGUCCUCAGAGGAGCUUGGCGACGCUGUAGCUCGGCCGCCCAUCAACUUCCUC